AUGCGAAUCCACGUCGAUGCCAAACGCCAGCAGCGCCAUCUGGCGUCCGAUAGCAGCGGCGUUGGUCACACCAACAACAAUGAAUCCAGCGACGAUGAAGAGUUGUCGCUGUGCAAUCGAGAGGCGAUCAAAAAGAGUGUCAAAUACUAUUUGCAGAAUAGUUCGUUGCAUGGCCUCAAGUAUAUUGCCGAAGAGAGGAUUACGAUUCCCGAGCGGUUUGCUUCACUCUCUUUGCUACCUCAACAGCAUUUGAGUGACCUUGACAUCUUGUUCGGCAGCGUCUUCUUUGGCAUCGCAUUUGUGCUGGUCGUCAUACUGUCGGGAUUCUUCAUCUCCAACAUCUACAUCAAGUGGAGCGCAUCGCCCAUCAUCAUCUCGACCAGCGCCAAGCAGCUGCUCACCAGCACCAUGCCAUUUCCGGCGGUCACAAUUUGCAAUCUCAAUCAGGCACUGCGUAGUCGCGUCCAACGCAUCUCGCGAUCGAGCAGCAAUUACUCGCUGCUGAUGAGCCUGUGCAGCCAAGGCGAUGAUCAGACGAUCACGUACGUUGGCACCUGGAAGUACUUCAAGGCGCUGCUGGUCGAUGUGGCUCAGCCCUGCGAUGAGAUGCUUUUGUACUGCAGCUUUGGAUCGCGUCGCGAGAUGUGCUCGAUGAUCUUCAAGUCGUCGCUGACCGAUGAUGGAUUGUGCUGCACGUUCAAUGCCCUGGAUCCGAGUUUUCUGUUUCGCAACUAUUCGGAUGAUGUGCGCAUGGAACCGUUGCAGGAGAGUUCACUGUACGAGGCCAUCGAUUGGACGCCAGAGCGUGGCUACGCGGACAAAUUGCCCGAAUUCUAUUAUCCCCGGACCUCGGGGGGAACGGGAAGUCGCAUGGGUUUGACUGUGGUGUUGAAUGCCUCGACAGCGGAAUAUUAUUGCACCAAAUCGAUGAGCAACGGGUUCAAGGUCCUCGUACACAAUCCCGCCGAGUUGCCCAAGGUGAGCAACUACGGAUUCAUUGUGACAUCGGGGAGGGAGGCACGCAUUGUCAUUGAUCCCGUUUAUGAGGACGCAACGCCCAGCAUUCGAUCGAUUAAGAAAUCGGUGCGUCGUUGUCUGUUUUCGGAUGAGAACGAUUUGACCUAUUAUCGCACGUAUUCGCGUAAAAACUGCGAACUCGAGUGUGAGGCCAAAUUGCUGUUGCGCGAUUGCAGUUGCGUCCUCUACUAUUUACCUCGCAUCGAUCCGGCGGCUCGCGUUUGUGGACCCAACGAUAACAACUGCACGAAUCGCGUCCAGACCGAGAUCGAGUCAUCAAACACGGAAUUGUCAUGCGAAAGCUGUUGGCCCGGCUGCUUUGAGCUCACCUAUCGAACCACGAUGUCCACCUCGAUGAUUGUCACGGGUCCAAGCUAUCAGAGUGGCGAGGAUCUGCCCGAGGAUCUCUUCAGCACUAGCAACGGCUCCGUUAACAACGAUCUGUCCGUUCUGCACUUCUACUAUCUGACCAACAACUUGCGGAGCACCACCAAAUCAGAGAUGUUUGGCUUCACCGAGUUUCUUUCCAACACUGGUGGCUUGUUGGGUCUCUUUAUGGGCUUCAGCAUCUUCUCGGUGAUUGAGAUCGUCUACUAUGUAACAGUGCGUCCGUAUUGUGCAUCGCGAACGAUCCAACAGCGACGGCAGCGACGAGAGGCAGCGCUGCGUUGGCUGACGCCUGUGCAACGGGGACGGCGACGUCUGUUGUUGCCACAGCGGCAGCAGCCGCCGCCGCCUUACAGCCAGUUGCAGUUGGUGGCGAGGCCAAAGGUCAAGUCAAGUCUGUGGCAGACACUGCGCAGCUCUCGCGAUCCGCUCGUCUAUCCCUAUCUGGAUUAGUUCUCUUGUUUGUUGUUGUUCUCGAUGUUCUCGAUGUUGUUGGAGCACACUUUAUGGCCCUUAAGAAUGCAUCGGAUGAGGCCGCAAGCUGAAUAAAUAAACCAAGGCUAAGAGAGAGAGAGAGGCCAAUGAACGUGCCCAUUGCACAGAAGAGGUGAACGUAGGAGGCGGAGGAGGUGCAGAUGAUGCGAGGGCUGCCACCGGAAGUGCUGUGCCCCAUGCUGGUCAAUUUGAAAUCGGCUAUUAAAUGGCGCUAAUCGCUAAUCGCCACGCGACUUCAAUUUCAAUCGGCAACCCAAAACAAGUUUCUCUGCGCCAGCGAAUUCCAAGACAUUCAACUUCGGUGAGCUCAUUUACUUUCUCAACUUGUU